AUGGACCCAUUGUCGAUAGGCAACGAGGCCAUCGCAGCAAGGCAGUCGAUUUUAGGCAGCUUUCUCCGAUCCAGGCCUCGAGGAGCAUCGCAGUCUCAUCCAUCACCUCCAGCUUUCGGCGAGUCAGCCGCACCACGAGACUCUCCACCACCUGCUCUACCUUCUUCCGACCCAUCUUCAGGCCACCGACGACGAGCCGCAGCACCCAACAUACAGACGUCCACCUCGCAGUCCAACAUCGCCCCCGCUUUCACCCAAAUGCUCCGAAGACGACGAUCGGCAGGCACCUUGGCCACCACCGCCACGCCCCAGGCACCUGCAGUGGCCGCCGCACGCACGACAGGGGGCGCAUCCGUCUCAGCACCGGGUGUGCCAGCGCCAGCAUUCCAGACUCACCGCAUCCGCCUCGUCCCUCACCUCGCAUCUCGCACCUCGCUCAGAUUCGACCCUAUCUGCCGUGAUGUUCGUGAGGGCGACCCGCCGCUCCGCAUUGGCCGCUUCACCGACCGUUCAGGGCUAGGGCUCGCAGCCGCCAAUGCGCUUGGGUCGAACAAGCUCGCAUUCAAGAGCAAGGUCGUCUCGCGCGCCCAUGCCGAGAUCUGGGUUGAGGGAGGCGGCCGGUUCUUAAUCAAGGAUACCAAGUCAAGCUCCGGCACGUUUCUCAACCACGUCCGGCUCUCGCCCGCAGGCACCGAGUCGCGCCCGAACGAGCUGCGCGAUGGUGACCUGCUUCAACUCGGCGUCGACUACCAGGGCGGGAACGAGGAUAUAUACAAGUGCGUUAAGAUCAAGAUCGAGAUGGGCCGGGAGUGGCAGGCGCAUGCGAACCCAUUCAACGCGAAUGCCCUCAAGCAGCUCAAGGCGAUCGCAGUCCCUCAGGGACUGACGGAGAAGAAGGUUGCCCCGAAAUCGGCCCUUCCAGACUGUUGUAUAUGUUUGUUUGCCGUGACCAUCAACCAGGCGCUUUUUAUUGCCCCAUGCUCGCAUGCUUUCCACUACAAAUGCAUUCGGCCAUUGCUCGAAACCCAUCAUCCUGCUUUCUCCUGCCCGCUCUGCCGGACAUUUGCCAAUCUCGAGGAGGAUGUCGAGGUUGAAAUCGAAGGAGAAGUCGACACCGAUUCCGUGGAAGGUAUCUCGGCGGCACUUCCCUCCUCUGCCGCAAUAGCUCCGCUGCCGGAGCGCCCUAACACAGGCGACAGCGGCAGCCGGGAGCGUGAGCGCGAGCGCGAUAGAGACGCCGGUGCGGAGACGGAGGUGGAGGUUGACACGCGGCUUGGUAUGAUGUCGCGUGGACGGCGACCAUCUACGGGUGCGAAUGGCAAUAUGUUUCUGAUGCCGCAGGAUGCAAUGAGCGUGGUCGACGAUGUAGAAAUGGAGGAUGUGGCCGCCCUGCCGCCCCUGCCGGAGGGCUCUCCGCUCAUGAUGCCACAGCAGUGGAGUGAGGUCGAACAUGUGGUAGCGAGGGACGCGUCCGUUUCUCCGGUACCCAUGUCUGCACCGAACGUUGCAAUGGGCGAUGUCUCGGAAUUCGAGGGUGACGGGAGCGGUGAAGGUAUGAGCGACGAGGCUAGUGGGAGCGGAGACGUCGGAGAUGCAGCUCACGGGAAGCGCAAGCGGUGA